UAUUCUGAAUUUCGUAAAAUUAUUGAUAGUGAUAUUGCAACUAGUUAUAAUUAUUUACAUGAAUUAAAAUUAAGAUUAAUAAUUAGUUACGAUAAUAAUCAAUAUGAAACUAUUAGUAAAAUAAUUGAUGAUUUCGAAUUAGAAUUCAGUAAAAGUGAUCAAUUAAGUAAGGCAGUAAUAAUUUCAAACCACGCAAUAAGUAUUAAUCAAAAAGCUGAUAAAUUUCUUAAG